UCUUCUUGGAAGCCAGCAGCACACGUGCACACAUUCCUACUGCAGAGGACGGAGGUGGCGCACGUUCCUGUGGGGCUGCUCGGCGAUUCUCGGGACGGCUCUCGCAGGCAAAUCCUGAGGGGCGGGGAAAAACAACCAAUCCAGGAAUGGGUUCGGAAAGCGGGGCUCCGCAGUGGUUGAUAAAGUAUGAUGACAUACCCGCCAGCCAAUCCUCAAGCGAAGGGCUGGGCUACAGUCAGCUGGUGAAACCACCUGACCCGAGCCUGGAGCCGGAAACUACCUAUCGGGUUCGGGUAGAUUUCCUACCCUGCACCUACGGCUGCGAUGACUUCCGCACUGACCCAAGGGCUGGAGCGAAUCCCAGACCAGCUUGGCUACCUGGUGCUGAGCGAAGGUGCAGUGCUGGCGUCAUCUGGGGACCUUGAGAAUGAUGAGCAAGCAGCCAGUGCCAUCUCAGAGUUGGUCAGCACAGCCUGUGGCUUCCAGCUGCACCAUGGCACGAACAUCCCUUUCAAACGCCUGUCUGUGGUCUUUGGUGAACACACGCUGCUGGUGACUGUGUCAGGACAGAGGGUGUUUGUGGUGAAGAGGCAGAACCGAGGUCGGGAACCUAUUGAUGUCUGAGCUAUAAAAGACAUCGGUGGAGAAGAAGCCUGCCUCUGGGCCCUGCUGGGGAGGGGGAGCACACUGUCUUCUACUGUUCUUGCUGGAGUUGGGCUCGUGCAUCUUUCCUGACCCCCACCCGAGGCACAAGGCUUAGAGACUUCUACGCUAAGGGAAUAGGGAAACUGUGACUAGGGGCUCCCUUUUCUUCCCUCUGCCUAAUAAAUGCUAGUCCAACCUAUCUAGGGCUCA